AUGACAGUAAAAUUUAAUUUUGUUUUAUGCUUUCUAGAGAAAUCGAAAGAUAUUGAUGCACUUUCAAUUGAUGAGUUGCAGAGUUCUUUGCUGGUUCAUGAGAAAAAAAUUAACCAGCAAAAGAAAGAGGAGCAAGCAUUGAAGGUUUCAACAGAAAGUCACUCAACAUGGAGAGGAGGUAGAGGCAAAGGCAGAGACUUAAAGACAAACUUGCUUAUUGUGGGCCAGUUGUUAGAAAAGGGGUACGAAAUUUCCAUCAAAGAUCGACCGAUAGAAGAAAUUCCACCAGAUGGUUCAGAUAAUGUUCCAAGUUCGCAAACUGUAGUAGAAGAUGAAGGACGGCCUCAACGUAUCAGAAAAAGACCUGCAUUGGUGAUCGAUUAUAAGGAAUGGGUAUUUAUUGAUCAACCUCCUAGUUAUGUGAAGGUUGAAAAUGAACAUAAGAUUGGAGUUAGAUGUAGAUUGCUUAUUGUUUGCUUAAACAUUGAUGAUCUUAUUUUUACUAGAAAUAAUAGUGCCAUGUUUGAGAAAUUUAAAAAAUCUAUGAUGGCUGAAUUUGAUAUGUCUGAUUUUGGAAAGAUGCAUUACUUUUUGGGCAUUGAAGUAGUGCAAUAUGCUGCUAAAAUUUUUGUCUCUCAAAGACAAUAUGUGCAAGAAAUUCUAAACAGGUUUCAAAUGAAAAAUCAUAAUUCUGCUAGUACGCCAGUUGAAGUGAAUUUAAAACUCAUUAAAGAAUCUGAACGAAAAAGGGUUGAUAGCACCCUUUACAAGCAAAUUGUGGGAAAACUCGUGUAUUUGACUGCCACAAGGCCUGAUAUUAUGCAUGUUGUAAGUUUUAAUAGUAAAUACAUGGAAAACCCAAGAGAGACACAUCUUUUAGUUGUCAAGAAAAUUCUUCAAUACUUGUUAGGAACCAUUGCAGAUGGGUUGUUCUACAAGAAUAGUGAAAAAUCAGAUUUAUUUGGUUUUACUGAUAACAACUAUGCAGGCGAUCUUCAUGAUAGAAAGAACACGUUUGACUAUAUAUUCAUGAUGGGUUCAACAGUUAUUUCAUGGUGUUUAAAAAAGUAA